GGACAGCUACAGGAGGUGUCACAAUAGUUGGAUAGCCACAGGAUCUGCCACAGUGCUUGGAGCAGCCACAGGAGCUGCCAAAAUGGUUGGAGUAGCCUCAGGGUCUCUCUGUGGGAUUAGAGUAGCCACAGGGCUUGUUAUGGGGGUUAGAGCAGCCACAGGGCUUUUCCUGGUGCAUUAGAGUGGCCACAGGGCCUCUCUCUGGGGUCAGAGCAGCUGCAGGGCCUGUCCUGGUGCACUGGAGUAGCCACAGAGCUUGUUGCAGGUGUUGGAGUAGCUGCAGGUGAAGGCAGGGACAGGAGCAGGGCCAGCAGGACCUGGGCUCUGGUGGCUGCUGAUGGCUGGAGCGAUGGACCCGGGAGACAACGAGAAUGCCAACUAUUACCGUGAACAGUACAGGGCCAAUCUCCUGACCCUGCUCAGGGAACUCGGAGAGCCAGAUGAGGACCCUGCAUCCUCAUUUAUGUGCCUCCUGAAGAAGAAGAAAGAAUUACGAUGUUUGGAAGAGGAUGUGGAGGAGAAAAAAGAGGCCUUCAGGGAGAGGCUGGAGGCCAUUGCUGAGCAGUGGAGGGACCUGCACGCUAGGAGGACUCAGCUGAAGGCCCGUGUGGAGAGAUCUGGGAGGACUGUGCAGGAGAAUGAAAUGCUGCGAAACCAAGCCCUGAGGAAAGCCAGCAAAGAUAGAGAGGAGAAUAUAAAAAAGGAGAAUGAGCUCCUGAGAGCCAAGAGGGAACUGGAAGCCCUCAGAAAACAGCAUCAGAAACUCUGCCAGAAACUGCCAAAAUACUCUGUGUUCAAGAGGUACCUGGAGGAUGUGGUGGAGGUCUCACAGUUUCGGGACAUUGAGGAUGUCAUUUCAUUCUACAAGUCACUGAUGAGGUCUCGCAAGGAGCUGCUGCAGUCACAGCACCGGGACAAGGAGAUGACUGAGCAAGCCAGGGUGCUCCUGGACCAGUACAGGGCACAGAAAGGAGCUGAGAUGCUUCAGUGCAAGAACGAACUGGUGCAGCUAAAACAAUAUUUAGACAAGGCUCAAAGCGACCUCCCUGUCUGGGAGGCUCAGUGGAUGGACAUCCAGAACAGGGCUGCCAAGAAGAGCACGAAGCUGAGGGCCAUCGAGAGGACCAUCCACGGCCUCUUCCACGCCGCCAGCACACGGCUGAACGCAAAGUGGAAGGUGGCAGCACACGACACUCACAGACAGCUGGAGAUGAUCCAGCAGUUUAUUGAAGACCUCAGGGACAUCUCUAUGGAGGACAUGGAGAAGUACAAGUGAGAAUCUGUGCAGGGACCUGCCCUUCCAGCAGGGUGGAAAGGGAAAGGAGAGAAGCCAAGAGAUACUGCAGAAU